AUGAAUCGAGAACAGAAGCGAGGGAAGGUUGAUAAGGGUUCUGAUGGUGCUGAGAAGGUUAUUGUUGCUGUUAAGGCGUCGAAGGAAAUUCCGAAGACUGCGCUUGUUUGGUCGUUAACUCAUGUUGUUCAGCCUGGUGAUUGCAUUACACUGCUAGUGGUUGUGCCUUCUCAAAAUUCAGGCCGAAAAUUAUGGGGCUUCCCGCGGUUUGCUGGUGACUGUGCUAAUGGACACAAGAAAUCAGCAACGGCUGGAGCUAGUUCGGAGAACAAGAAUGAUAUUACUGAUUCUUGCUCUCAAAUGAUUCUUCAGCUUCAUGAUGUCUAUGAUCCGAAUAAGAUAAAUGUUAGGAUUAAAAUUGUUUCUGGAUCGCCUUGUGGAGCAGUGGCUGCGGAAGCUAAGAAAGUACAAGCCAAAUGGGUUGUGUUAGACAAACAUCUCAAGCAUGAAGAAAAACAAUGCAUGGAAGAACUGCAAUGUAACAUUGCGGUUAUGAAGGGUUCUCAACCUAAGACACUUCGCUUGAAUUUGGUUGGAUCACAGAAGAAGGAUCUUGAAGAAACAUGUCAAUUACCUUCUGAGCAGCAUGAGAUGCUAGGAAAACAAUCCGACAAGAAGAAUGGUUCUUCGAGUUCCACAUUAGGAGUUCUCACGCCAACUAGCAGCCCUGAGGUAGAGACAUCAUUUACUGCAACCGAAGCUGGCACUUCAUCGGUUUCAAGCUCUGAUCAUGGAACUUCGCCAUUUUGUGUCUCUGAAAUCAUUGCCAAGUCAAAGAAAGAGGAGACUAUAGAAGAAAAUCAAGAAACUGAUGAUACUAUUUCUGACACGGACGGUGAACAUUUGUCCGCAUCUUCAGCAAGCUUGAGAUUUCAGCCGUGGAUGUCGGAUUUAUUUCUACGUAAACAGUCAUCUCAACGUGAGGAGAAAAGGUCAGAGAGUUCGCGUAAUAUGCUUCAAACUUUCACAACAAGAGCUUUGCUAGAGAAGUUUUCGAGGCUUGACAGAGAAGCCGAAAUUGAAAUCUCAACCUCUAUGUCAUACUUGGAGUUCAGUGGAAGCGUUAGAGAAGCAGUAGCGUUAUCUAGAAACGCCGCACCUGGCCCUCCUCCAUUAUGUUCAAUAUGUCAACACAAGGCUCCUGUUUUUGGAAAACCUCCAAGAUGGUUCAGCUACGCUGAGUUGGAACUAGCCACUGAUGGAUUUUCACCAACCAAUUUCUUGGCAGAAGGAGGGUUCGGAUCUGUUCACAGGGGAGUUUUACCUGAAGGGCAAGUCAUUGCUGUCAAGCAACAUAAAUUGGCUAGUUCUCAAGGAGAUCUUGAGUUCUGCUCAGAGGUAGAAGUCCUGAGUUGUGCACAGCAUCGGAAUGUUGUUAUGUUAAUUGGGUUCUGUAUAGAGGAUAAAAGAAGACUUCUGGUUUAUGAAUAUAUAUGCAAUGGAUCAUUGGAUACUCAUUUAUACGGGAGACAGCAUAAACCGUUAGAAUGGUCUGCGCGGCAGAAAAUUGCUGUUGGAGCUGCCCGAGGGUUGCGAUAUCUUCAUGAAGAGUGCAGAGUGGGAUGCAUUGUUCACCGUGACAUGCGGCCCAACAACAUUCUUAUCACUCACGAUUUUGAACCACUGGUUGGUGAUUUUGGACUCGCAAGGUGGCAGCCUGACGGAGACACUGGAGUGGAUACUCGAGUUAUUGGGACAUUUGGGUAUUUGGCUCCUGAAUAUGCUCAAAGUGGACAAAUAACUGAAAAGGCUGAUGUUUAUUCCUUUGGAGUGGUAUUAGUGGAGCUUGUGACCGGGCGUAAAGCUGUCGAUAUCAACCGGCCCAAAGGACAGCAGUGUCUUACAGAAUGGGCACGACCACUGUUAGAAGAGUAUGCCAUUGAAGAACUGAUUGAUCCAAGGUUGGGAAGUCGCUAUUCAGAACACGAGGUCUCUAGCAUGCUGCAUGCUGCAUCCUUAUGCAUAAGGCGAGAUCCUUAUUCUAGACCACGCAUGUCACAGGUUUUGCGAAUACUAGAGGGUGACACGGUCAUGGAAUCACCACGCCAAUUUGGUGGUUCCCCUUCCCUAUGA